AAAACACAUAACUAUAUUAUUUAUGUUUCUAGACCCGCAUGAAUUAAAACGAAAACGGCAAAAAAUUGACGGGGAUCCAAAACAUCUUUUAUGGCAACUGCAGGGUCAAAAUCCUUCUACGAGUAAUGCUGCAGGACAUACAGAUUACAAGUUAAAUAUUCCUCUGGCAUCAUCGCCUCAAGCAAAUCAAAUGAAUCAGUUUGAUCAAUCUCUUGUUAAAACUGAACCAAGAGAUGCCUCACCGUUGCCGUACAUGUUUACUGGCGGAUCGUAUAGGUGUGCCCAGGACAGUCCAUCACCGCAGCCUUUCAACAUGCCGCAUCCUUACAACAAUCCUUCGCCUUUGGGGGGAGAUCAAGCAUCUCAGUAUAAUUUGCCCCAUUAUGAGCAGAUGAACAAUUUUCAGAGUCAGCAACCCAUCGAUUGGAAUGCAGGACUACCUGUAAUGAACGAUUUAAAUCGAGUUAUGAAUAUAGAGCCACAGAAUGCAAUGCAAGGGGGUCCUACUAGCAGUAUGUUGGAUAUGGACAGUCAACAAUUAGUUCAACUUAAUUCCGGAGAUUUAUCAGGAAUUUUAGAACACUUAGACCGAGCACAGGCUGUAAGGGUGUCCGCUGAGCAUGAAAGCAUGACUGAUAGUUUAUCAAAACUUGAAAUGACAGCCUUAAAUAAUAUGUGAUAAAACAAAAACUUUAUUUUAUUACUUGGCAGUUGCUAAAUUUAUUAGCACAAAAAUAUUGCAGAUGUUUGGUGUAAAUAUUUAUAA